CAUGGAAUCAUCUUGAAAUAUGCCAUUCCAACGGCUGGGAUCAUAAAUUAUUUAUUCUCAUCUCCCAAGUUCCAAUCCAUGUCAACUUCUCUUCGCGAUAGUUUGCCGUCUGCGGAUGCAAACGCCAACCCACGUCAGAUUUCGAGUAGUGGACGACACUCGACAGUCUACAGUCUACACACUCAUCUUCUAAUAUAAAACAGAGAACCUAGAAACUCUGGAAAGAUCAUUGCGAGCUGGUAACUUUAAUCUCCUGUACACUCCUCUCAGGAUACGGUUCAAUAGAAUAGCUUUUGUAAAAUAGAUAAUAUAAGGUUCUUCUUUUUUUGCUUGAUUUUCAGCCUUUUUCUAUUUUAUUUCUGUAUUUUUCUUUUCAGGUUUAUCACUUCUUGGUAAAACCGUAGGCAAGUUAAGUUAGCGCUGAGAACCAGUUGCAAAGGUCUGGAAUCAGGAAAAUGGGGAGUCUAAAUGACGAAAAGUUCAGGUUUUGUAUUGACAGAGGGGGGACGUUCACGGACGUGUAUGCUGAAAUUCCAGGUCGAUCAGAUUGUCGGGUGAUGAAGCUCUUGUCUGUCGAUCCCUCCAAUUACGACGAUGCUCCGGUCGAAGGGAUACGGAGAAUUCUGGAAGAAUUUACUGGGGAGAAAAUACCACGGAAUUCCAAGAUUCCCACGGAUAAGAUAGAGUGGAUUCGAAUGGGCACAACUGUGGCUACCAAUGCUCUUUUGGAGAGGAAAGGGGAGAAGAUUGCUCUCUGCGUCACUCGGGGCUUCAGGGAUCUGCUUCAGAUUGGCAACCAGGCUCGGCCCAAUAUCUUUGACCUCACUGUUACCAAGCCCUCCAAUCUUUACGAGGAGGUUAUAGAGGUUGAUGAGAGAGUCGUUCUCGCUCUUGACAAGGAAAAGGAGAAUCCGGAUUCCAGUCUUAAUUCAUCGUCAUUCGUUAAGGGGAUCUCGGGUGAGUUCAUCAGGGUUGAGAAGCCUCUCGAUGAGGAAGCCCUAAAGCCUUUGUUGAAAGGGUUAUUGGAGAAAGGGAUAAGCUGUUUAGCAGUCGUACUAAUGCACUCAUACACCUAUCCUCAGCAUGAACGUUUGGUCGAACGACUGGCUCUGAGCAUGGGCUUCAGGCACGUUUCUUUGUCUUCGGCUUUAUCUCCUAUGGUUCGAGCAGUGCCUCGUGGUCUAACGGCCAGUGUGGAUGCUUAUUUGACCCCUGUUAUUAAAGAAUACUUAUCACGGUUCAUAUCCAAAUUUGACGACGGGCUUGGAAGGAUCAAUGUUUUAUUUAUGCAAUCCGACGGAGGGCUCGCUCCGGAGAGUAGGUUCUCUGGUCACAAAGCUGUCUUGUCGGGCCCUGCUGGUGGGGUUGUGGGUUACUCACAGACUCUUUUUGGGCUUGAAACAACGAAGCCCCUUAUUGGUUUCGACAUGGGUGGCACGUCUACGGAUGUUAGCCGCUAUGCUGGGAGCUAUGAACAAGUUCUAGAGACCCAGAUUGCGGGUGCCAUAGUUCAGGCACCUCAGCUUGACAUUAACACUGUUGCUGCCGGUGGUGGCUCAAAACUUAAGUUCCAAUUUGGAGCUUUUCGGGUAGGACCUGAAUCAGUUGGUGCACACCCAGGUCCUGUUUGUUACCGAAAGGGAGGAGAACUGGCAGUAACAGAUGCGAAUCUGGUUCUUGGAAGAGUCAUUCCUGAUUAUUUUCCAUCAAUCUUUGGGCCCAAUGAGGAUCAACCAUUAGAUGUGCAGGCUACCAGAGACGAAUUCAAGAAGCUUGCAAAUGCGAUUAAUUCAUACAGAAAGAGCCAGGAUCCAUCGACGAAGGACAUGACGGUGGAGGAGAUAGCUCUUGGAUUUGUGGAUGUAGCUAAUGAAACAAUGUGCCGCCCAAUACGGCAGUUGACGGAGAUGAAGGGCCAUGAGACAAGGAACCAUGCGCUUGCAUGCUUCGGAGGUGCUGGACCACAACAUGCCUGUUCAAUUGCCAAGUCCCUGGGCAUGAACGAAGUGCUGAUUCAUAGACUCUGUGGGAUUUUAAGUGCAUAUGGGAUGGGUUUGGCUGAUGUUGUUGAAGAGUCGCAAGAGCCAUAUUCUGCCGUUUAUGGACCUGAGUCUGUCCAGGAGGCCUCUCGUAGAGAAGCUGUUCUUUUGAAGCAAGUACGGCAGAAACUUAGAGAACAAGGUUUUAGAGAUGAAGACAUUACUACAGAGACAUAUCUCAACUUGAGGUACGAGGGUACUGACUCUGAAAUCAUGGUGAAGAGACCAAAAAGUAGUGAGGGUUCUGAAGAUGAUUAUGCCACUGAAUUUGUUAAGCUUUUCAAACAGGAAUACGGAUUUAAACUACAGAAUCGGAAUAUCCUUAUCUGUGAUGUGAGAGUUCGUGGUACAGGAGUAACUAAUAUUUUGAAGCCUUGUGCAUUAGAACCUGCUUCAGGUAGUCCUCAAGCUCAAGGCCAUUACAAUGUUUAUUUUGGAAAAGGAUGGCACAAGACCUCAUUAUUCAAACUCGAGAAUCUUGGUUAUGGGCAUAUCUUGCUAGGCCCUACAAUCAUCAUGAAUGGUAAUAGUACUGUGAUUGUAGAACCUGGGUGUAAAGCCAUUGUCACCAAAUACGGGAACAUCAAAAUUGAGAUCCAAUCAGUUCCAACCACUGUUAAAGUAGCGGAAAAGGUGGCUGAUGUUGUCCAGCUUUCAAUCUUCAAUCACAGGUUUAUGGGCAUAGCUGAGCAGAUGGGACGAACCCUACAGAGAACUUCCAUUUCAACAAACAUCAAGGAGAGGCUUGAUUUCUCUUGUGCUCUGUUUGGUCCAGAUGGAGGAUUGGUUGCUAAUGCACCCCAUGUCCCUGUCCAUUUGGGAGCUAUGUCCAGCAGUGUUAGAUGGCAGAUCAAUUGCUGGGGUGAUAAUUUGCACGAGGGAGAUGUUUUGGUCACUAAUCAUCCCCGCGCAGGAGGAAGCCAUCUUCCUGAUAUAACUGUUAUUACUCCUGCUUUCAGUGAUGGGAACCUGGUAUUUUUUGUGGCAAGCAGAGGGCAUCAUGCAGAAAUUGGGGGUAUAACUCCAGGGAGUAUGCCACCCUUCUCAAAGUCCAUAUGGGAAGAAGGUGCUGCAAUAAAAGCAUUCAAGCUUGUAGAAAAGGGAAUUUUCCAAGAAGAAGGAAUUACCAAACUUCUUCAGUUCCCCUGUUCUGAUGAAUCAGAUUGUAAGAUCCCAGGAACCCGUAGGCUUCAAGAUAACUUAUCUGACCUGCAAGCGCAAGUGGCUGCAAACCAGAGGGGAAUAUCACUUAUCAAAGAACUUAUUGAACAGUAUGGUUUGGAUACAGUUCAGGCAUACAUGAACCAUGUGCAGGCAAAUGCAGAAGAAGCUGUGAGGGUAAUGCUCAAGUCAGUGUUUGCUAGAAUUGCAGGUCAGUCGGCUGAUGUUGGGCAGAAAGAUUCUGUGGCUAUUGAAGAAGAAGAUUAUAUGGAUGAUGGGUCUAUCAUACACUUAAAGCUUACGAUUGAUUCUAACAAGGGUGAAGCUACUUUUGAUUUUGGUGGGACAAGCCCUGAAGUGUAUGGGAAUUGGAAUGCACCAGAAGCAGUAACAGCUGCAGCAAUCAUAUACUGCCUACGCUGUUUGGUUGCUGUGGAUAUUCCUCUAAAUCAAGGUUGUCUGGCUCCGGUUAAAAUCCAUGUCCCUACGGGUUCAUUUCUGUCUCCAAGUGAUAAAGCUGCUGUUGUGGGAGGCAAUGUUCUAACAUCUCAGAGAAUUACUGAUGUUGUGCUUACUGCAUUUCAGGCCUGUGCAUGUUCUGAGGGUUGUAUGAAUAACCUAACUUUUGGGGAUGAUUCUUUUGGUUAUUAUGAAACAAUCGGAGGUGGGUGUGGGGCUGGUCCAAGCUGGGAUGGAACUAGUGGUGUCCAAUGUCAUAUGACCAACACCCGCAUGACUGAUCCAGAGAUUUUUGAGCAGCGUUACCCAGCUAUAUUGCAUAAAUUCGGUUUUCGAGAAAACAGUGGAGGUGCUGGAUUUCAUAGAGGAGGAGAUGGGCUUGUAAGGGAGAUAGAGUUCCGGCAACCAGUUGUGGUAAGUGUGCUUUCAGAAAGGCGUGUUCAUGCACCAAGAGGGAUGAACGGAGGCAAAGAUGGGGCUCGUGGGGUUAAUUACCUUAUUAGAAAUGACAAACGCAAGGUUAACCUUGGAGGUAAGAACACAAUCAAGGUGCAGGCAGGGGAGAUACUUCAAAUUUUAACCCCAGGUGGUGGUGGCUGGGGUUCUUGUCCUUGAUUCUCUUUUAUGUGAGACUUUUAAAUUGUCAGUCCCUUCUGAUCCUGGCAAUGGUUUGUUUUUGCAGAGAGCUUCCUGCUGAACUUUAGAAAUAUAUGAUAAGUUCGUAUUAAUGAUUUAGAAAUUAUGGCCUUAUUUGUGUUGCUUGUAACUUGGUAUGCUAGUUAUAUGAUGUUGACUUGGUUUUAGAAAUUUCAGCAAAAUAAUGGCUUUCUGCAACCCUA